AAACUAUCUGCCGCAUCUUCACCGCGGUACGUCAAUCAGUUCCCAGGGGAACAGGUGAUCACCGUGAAGGACCUAUUAGCAGCCUUGGCCGGCCUUCAUGCCUCUCGUUCCGCAUCAGGGACAAAAAAUGCGACCACUGCCACCACAACUGAAUUGAACCGGCAACUAACCACGGACUGGUAUCCGGUCACGUUCAAUUUGGUCUAUGAAUUGCCCCAAUUCGUCGCUUAUUUUCAACGAAAACAGCAAGAGAUUGAAGCACAAGAGAACGUUGAGGAUAACGGUGGGCACAUUGACAGCUCAGACCAGAAGCGUUGUUCCGACCAAAACUGCCCCCGAUGUACGUUCUAUCGAGUUAGAGAGGAGCCCAGUGAGCUGCGUAAAGCACUGAAUGCGGCACAGCGCCACAAUAUUUGGAUUCUGAAACCAUGGAAUACCGGUCGUGGCUUUGGCAUUACGAUCUCUAACAAUUUGGAUCAAAUUAUCCGACUGUGUGAUACGAACCCGUUGAUUGCAAGUCGUUACGUCACUGAUCCUGUGCUGUUCUAUCGGGACGAUCUGAAUGCCAGUGUCAAGUUUGAUGUGCGUUACGUGAUACUACUUCGUUCAGUACACCCGUUGAAACUGUUUGUCUCCAACGUGUUCUGGUUACGAUUUGCAAAUCAGUCAUUUGAUCUGAACGAUUUCGAUAACUACGGAAGACACUUUACCGUUAUGAAUUAUCGCGAGGAUCAAGAGUUGAAACACAUCAACUGUGAUGAAUUUAUUCAAAUGUUUGAACAACAAUACCCCAGCGUGGCAUGGUCCUCUAUUCAGGCGGACAUUUUUCGCCUCUUGGUCGACAUUUUCACUACCGCCUGUACACAUCCGGCUCCAAAAGGUAUUACAGCAUCCCCACAAUCCCGUGCGCUUUAUGCGAUCGAUUUGAUGCUCGAGUGGAGUUCGGAUGGCUCCGGUGAAGGCGACGCGAAUAUCGGCCUGAAGGGCCUCCCGGCAACGCAUCGCAUCUCACCCGUCGUGUUCGAAAUAAACUAUUCACCUGAUUGUCGCAGAGCAUGCAAAUAUUAUCCGGAAUUUUUCAACCAUGUGUUCGGUUGUCUGUUCUUAGAUGAUCCACCGGAAAAGUGCAAUAUGACUCAACUGGUUUAA